GUCAAUAAUCUAUUAUAAUAUAAUAGCAGACAUUCCAAAACACUAUCAAAUUAGACGCUUUCCCCCCUCUUUCCAGUUUUUUCCUAAACCAACCCAUUUUUAUAAACAAAAAAGUAGAUAUUGUGGGAAGGAGAGGAACAUUGUCCAUUUGGCCUGCUUUGGAGUAUAUAUUAUUGGAUUUUGUUUCAAUAUUGUUGAUAAUCAAUCCCCAUCUCACAAACAUGUAUAUAUCUUCACUGCGCACACAUUCUUCCUUUUUCUUCUUUGUGCUUUGGUUCUUUGUUGGAUUGGAAAGUUUUUUUAAUAUCAAAUGGGACAUUGGGAAGGAUGGGGAGAGCAGAGAUUCCACUUCCUUAAUGGAAGAAAGGGAUGGGGCAUCUCAAUACCUGUCCAUGAAUCCAAACUGCACCAAAAUGUCUCCAUCUAUAGGUGAAGACUUGGAACGCAAGGCGCCUAUGCCACACAUAAUUGAUGUAGAGAGAAAGAGGAGAGCAAAAUGGCAACAAAUGAAAACAGGCAUUGGGGUUGAAGAGAAAGAUACGGAUCCUCAGAGAAAUGGAGCAUCAUGAUGUAUUGUAAGAAUAAUAGGGUUCGGUCUGCUGCUGGUAGAGGUAAGAGAAGAAAACUACUGGAGAGUUGUUUUGAAUGGAGGAUUGACAAAGGGACCCUUGGGAACCGAGAAGGAAAAAGGGUGGGCCCUCAUAAAAUCGCUUUGGUAAA